CUUCUAUUUUCACCAAGGAAUCAAUCGAUCAAUCGAAAUGGGUAUUGACAUCAAAAAACAUCACGUGAGACGAAAGAAUCGGACUGCGCCAAAGAGUGAAGAUGUCUACCUUCGAUUGUUAGUGAAGAUAUACCGGUUUCUAGCUCGAAGAACAAAUUCUAAGUUUAAUAGUGCUAUUUUGAAAAGGCUUUUUAUGUCACGAAUUAAUAGACCACCAAUGUCUAUUUCUCGUAUCGUUCGUAAUCUUUCUAAUAAACCUGGUAAAACAGCUGUAAUUGUUGGCACAGUCACAGAUGAUAAUAGAGUAUUGGAGGUUCCGAAACUUUCAGUUGCAGCACUCCGUUUUACAAAAACCGCUAAAGCUAGAAUUUUAAAAGCCGGUGGAGAAGUUUUAACUCUUGAUCAAUUAGCUCUUCGUGCUCCGACUGGUUCUAAUACGGUCUUACUUAGAGGCUCAAAGAAUUCUAGAGAAGCUGUUAAACAUUUUGGUAUGGGUCCGCAUAAACACGCCAAGCCUUAUGUCGGAUCUAAGGGAAGAAAAUUUGAGAAGGCUCGUGGUCGUAGAGCUUCUCGCGGUUUCAAGGUGUAAAUUAAAACCGAAUCAGUUAACAGUUUUUGUUAUAAUUAUUAAAAAAAAAAAAUUAUUAAUUUAGCAGAUUGCGUUGAUUUAUUCAAAUUUAAAAAAUAAAUACGAUAUUUUCCAACCAAUUAUUAAAUCAACCUUGUGUUAUAUUUACAUGAUCACAUUACAUCGCCAUUUUUAUCGGUAAAAAUUCUUAUGAUUAAAUUCUUUAUAU